AACUGCGUUUUUUCUCUGAUAGAACUUCUUGAGCCCACGACCUUUAAAUAUAUUUUUUCAUGUGUAUCAAAGUUUUCAUCCUUUCCGGAUUUAUGUUCAUCAAGUUUUUUUUAUGUUGCCCUACUCUUCUUAGACAUGUUGAGAGACAGGCUUGGCAAGGAUGUGAAUUCCAAUGACACGAUAGCACUGCUGUAUGAACAGGCGCGAUCUAUUAUGAUUCCGAG